AUGGCGGGCCGUAGUUUGGACCUGUUUGUGGACACUGGAGCACAGAUCAGCGUACUGAGUCCUCAAGCGGCUGCAGAUGCCGGGCUGGUACGACCGGCGCGGCUAAUUGAAGCUAACACGGUAAUGGGGAAAUCGUUACUGCCUGUACGUGACAAUGUGGUCACAGAAGUCAAUGAUCGGACGCGUCGCGUAGACUACGCCGUGGCAAUAAACCCAGAUACGAUGAGCUUCAGGGACUACCGGAGAUUCAUGGACGAGGCUGAUGUCUACCACGUGGACUACGAGGAGCGCUUAGCUCAGAAGAAGGUACAGGAGAGCGUUCCUGUGAUCAUAGGCGAGGAAGCCGAAGCGAAGAGCC